UAUAUUUUUAUUUUAUUUAAUCCAUCCCCGUUUCCCCACUCCUUUCUUCGCCUCAACAAAGAAUCACAGAAACCUAACAAACACGCCUUUCUUUUCGUCCCCAAACCACCAUCCAUUUCUCUCCAUGGAUCGCCCGACAAGGAAAAGCUUGAAGAGAAAAUUGGAGCAGGAUUUCGAACACGAAAAUCAAAGCCGCCAGAAGAUUCCCGCCACCGACGGCUUUGAGACUCACCAAAAACUUACGUCCAGUAUUCAAUCGCUAGUUGAUAUCCUCAAUUCCACCUUCUCUUCUCUUGAAGCCGAUCGCGCCGCCGCCAAGCGCGCCACUAGCGCCCUCUCUCAAAUUGCCAAGAACGAGGAAGUAGUGGAUACGAUAGUGGAUUGUGGUGCGGUACCUGCGUUGGUGUUGCACCUUCAAACACCACCACCUCUGAGAGGAGAAAAUGGCCCAAAACUGUAUGAACAUGAAGUGGAGAAAGGAAGUGCUUACGCUCUUGGACUUCUUGCAGUAAAACCGGAGCAUCAACAACUAAUAGUAGAUGCUGGAGCUCUGACCCACCUCGUGGAAUUGUUGAAGAGACAUAAGAGUGCUGAUAACUCUCGAGCAGUCAAUGGUGUUGUUAAGAGAGCAGCUGAUGCAAUCACCAACCUUGCCCAUGAGAAUAGUGGCAUUAAAACACGUGUCAGGAUUGAAGGUGCCAUUCCCUUUCUGGUUGAAUUGCUUGAUCAUGCUGAUAAUAAGGUACAGAGAGCAGCUGCAGGUGCCUUGCGGACCCUUGCGUUUAAAAAUGACGAGAACAAAAAUCUGAUUGUAGAAUGUAAUGCCUUACCCACUCUUGUAAUAAUGCUUCGAUCAGAGGAUACUGCUAUACAUUAUGAAGCGGUUGGUGUGAUAGGAAACCUAGUUCACUCUUCCCCACACAUAAAGAAAGCAGUUCUUCUUGCUGGUGCUUUACAACCUGUAAUUGGAUUGCUAAGUUCUUCCUGUUCAGAAAGCCAAAGAGAGGCAGCUUUGUUUGUUGGGCAAUUUGCAGCUGCUGAUUCAGAUUGCAAGGUGCACAUUGUUCAGAGAGGAGCUGUGAAGCCAUUGAUUGAUAUGCUUGAGUCCUCAGAUGUGCAGCUCAAAGAAAUGUCAGCCUUUGCACUUGGGAGGCUGGCACAGGAAACGCACAACCAAGCAGGCAUUGCCCAUAGUGGUGGCAUCGUCCCAUUACUUAGGCUCCUUGAUUCAAAAAGUGGACCUCUCCAACAUAAUGCUGCAUUUACCCUAUAUGGUCUUGUUGAUAAUGAGGAUAACGUUGCAGAUCUUAUCAAGUUUGGGGGUUUCCAGAAACUCCAAGAUGGAGAAUAUAUUGUACAACAAACAAAGGAUUGUGUUGCGAAAACAAUGAAAAGGCUAGAGGAGAAGAUUCAUGGACGAGUAUUGAACCAUCUCUUAUAUUUGAUGCGGGUUUCAGAAAGGAAUGUUCAGAGACGAAUUGCUUUGGCUCUUGCUCAUCUUUGUAGUCCUAAUGACCGAAAAGUAAUUUUUCUUCAUAAAAAUGGUUUAGAUUUGCUGCUGGGGCUUCUCGAGUCUGGAAGCUUGAAACAGCAACGUGAGGGCUCAGUGGCCUUGUACAAGUUGGCUACCAAAGCCACAUCAGUCUCUCCUGUGGAUUCAGCCCCUCUAUCUCCUACCCCACUGGUGUAUUUGGGUGAGCAGUACGUUAACAAUCCUACAUUGUCUGAUGUUACAUUCUUAGUUGAAGGCAAACGGUUCUAUGCUCACCGAAUUUGUCUGCUGGCUUCUUCGGAUGCUUUCCGUGCGAUGUUUGACGGGGGUUAUAGAGAAAGGAAUGCUAAAGAUGUGGAGAUCCCAAAUAUUAGAUGGGAUGUUUUUGAAUUGAUGAUGAGGUUCAUAUAUACAGGAUCAGUGGAAGUCAAUAUAAAUAUUGCUCAGGAUCUGCUUAGAGCUGCUGACCAGUAUCUUUUGGAUGGCCUCAAGCGUCUCUGUGAAUGUACCAUUGCACAGGAUAUUUCUGUGGAAAACGUUUCUCUCAUGUACGAGUUGUCCGAGGGCUUCAAUGCUAUGUCAUUAAGGGAAGCAUGCAUUCUGUUCAUACUGGAACAAUUCGACAAGUUAUGUACCAAGCCAUGGUCAUCUAGUUUGAUCCAACGCAUUAUGCCCGAGAUACGCAAUUACUUUGAGAAAGCACUAAGCAAGCCUACCAAUCUAUCUUGAGGGGACCAACUGUAGAUUGAUUCAGCUUGGAUCUUGAUAUUUCAACUAACCAUUAUGAUGGAAGGCAACGAGUGUACAUAAAUCUUCAAAUUGUCGAGCUAGUGUGGGGAAAGUUGGCUAUUGUCUUCUUUGCAUAAGCAGUCAGUGAAGUCCCAUGUUCUUGCAAAUCCCACCCUUUCGUUC